AUGCAUCCAGAUUGUUUAACAUAUUUAGCGCUUGCAACACAAGAAAGAAUAACAAAUUUAGUAGAAGCGAUGAUUGCCGCAAAAAAUAAUCGAAUAGAAUCAGAGAAUGUCAAAUUUCCAACAUUAUCACCAGAAGAAGAGGAAAGUAAUAACAGCAACCCUUCACCAAUCUAUAAACAAGUUUUAGUUUCUGAUGCAAAAUCUCAACUACUUGCAUUAGAAAAAAUUGAACGAGAAGAAGAACCGAUGAUAUGA